UGGCAACACUGCGGAUGACAGAUUUACUGUUUACUUCAAAUUAACUAAUCCUGGGAAUGUUUGUAAAAGUGCAAAUAACCGGCCUUUCAAGUGCUUAAGGCUGAUGGAAUCGUAUAAAAUUCAGAAUCCCGGGCUCUACGACCAAGCGUUGUCGGCUUUCGACAGCCCAUUACCCGAUAGCAACACGCAUUUGCAACAGAAGCCAGCGUUUGGAUACUGUUGCUCGAUGCCAUCACGGGCACCUUGGACGACGGUGUCUUGCAUGGAGCAUUUGGAGAAUGAAAUACGCAGCGGCAACAAGUACAAAGUCCCAACUCCAUUCUAUUCUCCACCAAUCGAACUAAUUGCCACAAUUCCUUGCAAAACGUUCCCGCUCCAACACUCGCCGUAUGUAAUACAGCCUCAGAAUGAACCGCAUUCUUAUCAUUCGUUCGAUGAGACAAUCCUACAACCUGUGCCGGACAAUCCAGAAACCGUUAAACCGACCAGUGAUAGUCGGGAUGCCUCCGGUUUACGCUGCAAACAGUGCAAUAAACAGUCCUUAAAGUUACCGGACUACGGCAAAGCCGUUUGAUUUACGAAAAAAAAUAACGAAUAUUAUGGAUUUAGCGCUGUACUGUAGUGUUAAAAAACUUGACGCGUUGUCACCGGUUGACAAAUAUGGAAAAUAUAUGCAAUUUCUGACUAAAAAAUA